AUGGUGGAAGAACGGUGUGAGUUGGAAAAGCAAUUUGAUUUUGGUGAAUAUCCGUUGAUUUCCAUUCACAAAACCAUAAAUAAUACUACGGUGUCAGCUUCCUACUCUCGAGAUGCUGUGAAUCGAUCAGGCAACGUGUAUAUCUUUGAUAAUAUGAUGCAAGUGUCGUUUAACGAGGAGCUGAGCAGUGCAUCUUUUCAUAUGGAUUACCUUCCUCAACAUGACACAGCCGUUAUGAAGUUGGCAGAUGGGAAGAUCGCUUUGCUACAUACAGCGGAUCAUACGUUGACGUAUGAGAAGGUGGACAACAAGGGUGUGAUGAUAACUGACGUUGCCUACAGACCAGAUGACAUGAAUGUUGGUGUGUUUACUGAUGCAAAAGGUCGAGUGACCACGUUCGACAGGACUUCUGGAGAUGUUCUUCAUGUCGAAACCGCCCAUUGUUUGUACGGAAUGGAAGUGUCUGCCUGGUGUUGUCACUUCUUCGAUGAGAAUACCUUUCUUACUGGAGGUGACGACUGUGUGAUGAAGGUUCAUGAUCUCAGGACCAAUUCUGUCGUUUUGACGAGUGAAGUGUACCACGGUGGUAUAGUCAGAGUUCGAGACUAUCCUUCUCCAUUCUCUGUCAUGAUAGGCGCGUAUGACAGCCAACUACGACUACUGGACACUCGGAACAUUAACACGGUGCAACGGUCGAUUCCGGUAAUGUUACUUUGUAAUACCUAUAUAAUUAGUCAGUAUUUAUCAUUCUCAGUUAUAAGAACUUAAUGUUUCGUGUUUAUCACUUUUUAAGAUAUGUAUAUUUUUUGUAAUAUUUGUCAUGUUUCAGUUGGAAGGAGAUCCGUGGGACUUCAAGAUACACGACGAUGACUAUAUCAGUGUGGCAGCUAUGUACGGUGGUUGGUACAUCUUGAACGGCGACUUUUCUGUACGCGUCCAUCAAGUUCAGCGAGAGAAACUGAUCUAUGGGGUUGAAAGGUACAAACGGAAUAAUACCAUAGAGAGCGUCGUGACGUCCUCUUUCAACGAUGGCGUGGUAUCACUGUACGAAUUGUGUGUAGUGCAUGACAAUUAG